AUGUUUCAAAACAGUGAGAAACUGGUAGUAAAUGUUACAACUUUGAAACGGCUACUAGACAAAUGUAUAAACCAUGAGAAUUUGAUCAAGCAAAUUCAUGCUCAGUCCAUCACAUUGGGUCUCUUAACCCAAUCUCAUCAAUCUUUUGCCUGCAAAUUAUUUAACAUAUAUGCCAAACUGAACAAACCAGUUGCUGCCCAUAAGGUGUUUGAUCAAAUUCCCCAACCAGAUAUUGUCUCCUGGAGUUGUCUUUUGUCUCUGCAUUUGCAAUUACAACAGCCCACUAAAGCGUUUUAUCUGUUCACUAGCUUACUGGUUUCAACUUCUCUAAAACCUGAUUCCCAUUCCAUAGUUGCAGCUCUCUCAGCUUGUGCUCGCUCGCGAGACCUGUGUAAUGGCAAAACGGUGCAUGCUAUGGUCUAUAAAUUUCUUAAUCGACCUGAACCUAUUGUGGGUAAUGCUCUGAUCGAUAUGUAUAGCCGCACGGAGAGAAUCUUGUUGGCUCGACGUGUAUUCGAUAGUAUGCAUGUUAAGGAUAUAGCUACUUGGACUAGUUUGCUCAAUGGGUUUGUAGUUUCUGGGGAAAUCGAGUCUGCUUGGAAGUUGUUUGAGGAAAUGUCCUACAGGAAUGCCAUCUCGUGGACUGUGAUGAUUGUGGGAUGUGUACGUGGUAAAGAACCGGUUUGGGCAUUGGAACUGUUUAAGAGAAUGAGGGAGGAAGGUGAUGAUAGCCCGACCUCAAUUACAAUAGUUGCUGUGUUAUCUGGUUGUGCUGAUAUUGGAGCUCUGGAUUUUGGAAGGUCUAUUCAUGGAUAUGUAAACAAGGUAGCUGGUUCUGCUAUGGAUGUUGGCGUAAAUAAUGCCCUGAUUGAUAUGUAUGCUAAAAGUGGGGAUCUUGAUUUUGCUAUGAUGAUUUUUAGGGGAAUGAUAAAGAAGGAUGCUUUCUCGUGGACUAGUAUGAUUUUAGGAUUGGCACUUCACAGUAGAGGAAGAAAUGCCCUCGAGUUUUUUGAUGAGAUGUUGGAAUCUGGUGUGACUGCAAAUGAGAUAACUUACCUCUCAGUUCUAUCUGCUUGUAGCCAUGCUGGAUUAGUUAACGAGGGCAAAGAAUUAUUCAACCGGCUGAAGAAUGAUGUUAGUUGUGCAACUAAGAUAGAACAUUAUGGAUGUCUGGUGGACCUCCUUGGUCGUGCUGGUCAUUUGGAUGAAGCAGUGCGGUUAAUUCAACAAAUGCCAAUGAAACCAGAUGCUGUCAUAUGGAGAUCACUUCUGAGUGCUUCUGCCAUGAAUAGAAAUUUGGAAUUAGCUGAAAUGGCUGCCGGGAAAGCACUUGAACUAGAACCUCACGAUGACGGGGUGUAUGUACUGCUAUGGAAUUUGUACAACUCUGGUAAUAUGUUGGAACAUGCUUCCAGGACUGUGAAGAUGAUGAGAGAUCAAAGAAUCAAGAAAAAGCCUGGUUGUAGUUGGAUUGAAAUUAACGGAAUUCUUCAUGAAUUUAUGGCCGAACCUUCCAGACAACAUGUCUAUGAUGGUAUUUACAGGGUGUUAGAUACAAUUCUAAAGCAAUCAAAACUUUUUGCUACUCCUGCAGAAUUGUAG